CCGCGGCCGCCGUCAACUCCUUUGUCUCCCGCCGGCGAGGCGGCCGGCGCGCCCGGAAACCUCCGCGGGCAACGCCGCGCGCGCAACUGCCGGGUUCGCGCGCCCGUCGCCGCGGCCCUGCACGCCCCGAGUCUACAGCCCAGUGAGGCAAUGCUGAGGCGGUCUAGCUCGCCCCGCCGUUCCUCCCAACUUGCCGCCGGGACCCGCGCGCUGGCGGGCCCGCCCCGGCUCUUAUUUCCUCCCACGCCUCGACCAGUACUGAUAAGAAGACAUGUUGAAUAACAGGAAGAGCUGUAGAGUUUGUAGAUAUCAACUGUGGCCUUAAUAAGCACGUUCUUAGCAUCAAUGUUGGACAGAUGGUCCUAUUACUGCUGGAUUGUGCAAGAUAUUUAACCGUGUUUUCUUUGAGGUAUGACUUAAAUAUCAAACAUCUUAAAUAAGAAAAGGGAAACAUUUUAGUUUUGGAAGUCAGAAUGCCAAGGAGAAAGAAAAAUCUUGGGGGACAUCCUUUUUGGAAGACUGCAAGCUCUAAGGAAGUUGUCGUAUCCAGUGUUGCUAGUCAUGAGGAGCCAACUACUACUCUUCCUUCCAUGUGUGAGACAAAAGUUGAUCAGGAGGAACUCUUCACCAGUAUCUCAGAGAUGUUUUCUGAUCUGGAUCCCGAUGUAGUGUAUUUGAUGCUUUCUGAAUGUGAUUUCAAAGUUGAAAAUGCAAUGGAUUGUCUAUUAGAAUUAUCUGCCACUGAUACCAAGGUAGAAGAAUCGUCUUCAAAAAGCUUUGUUGCUUCUGAGAACCAAGUAAGUGCUGUGGGACGUGAAAUAAUGGAAAAGUAUCCUCCUGAAGAAGAGAAUGAAGAUUCAAAAAUGGAUUCAUUUUUGGACAUGCAGCUAACUGAAGACUUGGAUUCUUUAAUACAGAAUGCUUUUGAGAAAUUGAACUCUUCUCCUGAUGACCAAGUGUACUCAUUUUUGCCUUUGGAAGGUGUUAAUAGUUCUAGUGACCCGAGUGCAUUUAUAAAUUCCGAUUCCGAUUCAAGUAUUAUGACUCCCAUUCUUUCUACACAAAAUAUGGAAUUGAACAGUGAAAAUUUAGAGAAUUCUGCCUCUGCAUUAAAUUCAAACACCUUAAUGUCACCUUCUGCUUCUAAUGAGUCCAAAAGUUUUAUAAAGGAUGACACAUUGGCAUUGGAAGAUUCUCUUCUCAGUAGUUCUUUAAAUGUAGCAAAUGACACUAUGGUGGGUGGUAGCAAUCUCAGUCAAAGACAGAAAGAGCUUUUAGAAUCUGAGUGUGUUGAGACUCUGUUCUCUCCAGCCCCUGUAGAUUUGGAUGCCAACGAACCUCAGGCUCCGUUAAGCCUUACUGUGCGAAAUCUGGGCCUUGAUUUACUAGGUACAAGUGGGGAUCAGAAAUCUACUUCUGUCCCUGAUGCAUUUGUACCUUCUGAAGAAUUCAGUUUCAAGCCACACAAACAUACUGAACUGCCGUCAAAAGGGAAGGAUGUGAAUUACUGCUCUGUACUUACCCCUCUCCCUCUACUGCUGCCUCCUCCUCCUCCACCAAUGUGGAAUCCAAUGAUUCCUGCUUUUGACCUCUUUCAAGGAAAUCAUGGCUUUGUAGCUCCUGUUGUAACCACCACUACACACUGGAGACCGGUCAACUACACAUUUCCCCCUCCAGUUAUUUCUCACACUUCCCCAACAAAGGUAUGGAGAAAUAAAGAGGGAACAAGUGCUUAUCAAGUACAAGAAACCCCAGUUUCUCAGGUUGUAAGAAAGAAGACAUCAUCUUAUGUUGGACUAGUUCUUGUUCUUCUCAGAGGGCUUCCAGGAUCAGGAAAAUCUUUUUUGGCAAGGACUUUGCAAGAGGAUAAUCCAAGUGGAGUUAUUCUUAGUACUGAUGAUUAUUUUUACAUAAAUGGACAGUACCAGUUUGAUGUAAAGUACUUAGGAGAAGCACAUGAAUGGAACCAGAAUCGUGCAAAAGAAGCAUUUGAGAAGAAGGUGUCUCCUAUAAUAAUAGACAAUACAAACCUACAGGCAUGGGAAAUGAAGCCAUAUAUUUCUUUGUCUCAAAAUCAUAAAUAUAAAGUCCUUUUCCGGGAACCGGACACAUGGUGGAAGUUCAAACCAAAGGAACUUGCAAGGCGUAAUAUACAUGGGGUAAGCAAAGAAAAAAUAACAAGAAUGUUGGAACAUUAUCAGCGUUUUGUUUCAGUGCCAAUAAUCAUGAGUUCUUCAGUUCCAGAGAAAAGUGAACGUAUUGAGUUGUGUGUCUAUUCUUGUGAGGACACCAGUACUAGCCCAAGAGACAAUGAAGAUAUUACCUCUGAAAAAGAAGAAAAUGUUUUAUCCUCAUCUUUGAAGCAUCUAGAGUUAACUGAAGAGAAGAAACUUGAAGUGACCAAAGAAACUAUAUUACCUGAGAAUGUUACAUAUCUCUCUAAUGCAGAUUUAAAUGAAGGAAGAAAAGAAAUAAGUGCUAUGAAUCCUAACAUUCAGAGUGCUUUCAUUCAGGAAGUUUCAGACAUGUAUUUUUCUGAUUCUGAAAGCAAAGUACAGGCAAAAGAAAAAGGUAAAAAAGAAGAGCAGGUAGAACUGGCUUCUGAAAAAGAGUAUAGUAAAACUGAUGCAGAUAGUGUUGUUGAGAGAGUGUCGCCGAGUAUUUGCUAUGGUGAAUAUAAUCAAGAAGACUAUGAUCUUUCAAAUACUAUACCAUUUCAUAAUGAAAAAUCUUCACCGGGUGAAACAUUGGAAGAAAGAGCCACAGUAAGGAAAAAAACCUUUGGAAAACAAAAAAGCAAGUCAACUUUGGAAAAGUUCCCGACGAGACACGAGCUACCAAAUUUUGUUGGUGACUGGCCAGUUGAUAAGACUAUUGGUCAGAGGACAAAAAGGAACCGAAAAACUGAAAAAGCUUCAUCUGGUCAAAGUGACAAAAAAUAUAAUCGCCUUCAGUCACGCAAAGGAUUAGAUAAUACUCUAUCUGCGAAUAUAGAUCAUAUCCAGCAACGAGAAUCUCCGCAUGAAAGUACAGAGGAUGACAAGAAGUCACAGUAUGAUGAUGCUUCAGAAUCUUUCAAUAGCUGUCAAUAUGAUACAUAUAAAAAUACUGAAAAACAGUCAUUCAGCAUUGUGGGUGACUGGCCUUUGUCUGAUUCCUUAGCUCAGAGAGAGCACAGAUCAAGAAUGCCGAAGGAUGGUUUAAAGGAACCCAAUCUAGAAUUUGGAACUAAAGACAGUAUGAAUGAAAUAUCCUUCUACACAGCACAUGAGACCUGUUGUUGGGGCACAAGCCCUGAAGAACUGAAAACCCUGGGUAGUUCCACUCUAGGAAAUUCUGAAACGCUACCCAAUGAAAUGACCUGUGAGAAUAAGACUUGUCCAAGUAAAAAGAUUCAUAGCCAGCACACAUUGUCUCUUACUUUUACCAAUAGUAGGCCAACUAUUCCUGGAGUAGUAGGACCACAAACUUUAGCUGAAUUUCCAGAAGGAAAAUCUAAAAAAGUCCCUAGAAUAGAAGAAGGCAUGUGUACCCAGACUGAACCACAGGAUUUUGCUCUCUUAUGGAAAAUAGAAAAGAAUAAAAUUAGUGUUUCAGAUUCUGUGAGAGUACUAACAGGACAGUUAGAUGGAUUUAAACCAAAAGCUUUCAAUAUUAACACAGAAUUAGAUGUUCAAGAAACAAUUCCAUAUAGGGUAAUGUAUGACAAAAGCACGUAUGUUGAAGAAAGUGAGCUUACUAGUGCUGAUGAAUCUGAAAAUCUUAACAUUCUUUGUAAACUCUUUGGAUCCUUUUCAUUAGAAGCCCUAAAAGACUUAUAUGAGAGGUGUAACAAAGAUAUUAUUUGGGCCACAAGCCUUUUGUUGGAUUCUGAAACUAAAUUAUGCGAGGAUACUGAAUUUGAGAAUAUCCAAAAAUCAUAUGAUGAAGCACAAAUUGGGCCAUUUUCUCUGGGAUUAAAUUUGAAGGAAAUUAUUAGCCAAAGAGGAACCCUGGAGGAUUCUAAUUCUUCUGUGCCAGAAUUUAGCCAUGGCACUGCUGUCAGUAACACUAAUGUACAGUCCACCUGUGAUUCAGAAGAGAGAAACCCAGAGCAGGCAGAAAUAAGAGCUAUCACUACUGAAAAACCUGGAUUAAUAACGGGUUUAUUUCCUAAUGCCACUCUAGAUCUAAAGAAUACUAAUGAAGUACUUCCCAGUAGCCAGGCAGAAGUUCCAGGUCUGUAUAACAUUAAGCAGUCUUUCCCAGGUACUCUAAAAGCUACUGUAGCUAAAGAUGUGAAUGAAAUGGAGAAGAAUCUAGAAGUCACAGAGAUUGGAGACAGUAUACGUUCUUCUUCGAAUUUGUCUGAUAUUUUAAACUCUGUAUCGAGCACUUCAAAUCUUGAAUUAAAUGAAGAAGUUGAUUUAACCGACUCUCUUGAAAUAAAGAAAAAUGAAAAUCUUCCAAAGGAUUAUGUGAAAUUUCCAAACACUGAAGAAUUUAUGAAUGAAGAUGAACAGGAAAUGGAAAAAAUUCUAAUGGCUGAGGGUACUUUGUCAGCUGGAGUUAAUGAAGAAGAUAAAACUGAGAUAUUGAAUCCCAUGCCAGUGAUGGCCAAAUCUUUGACCAUAGACUGUCUGGAAUUGGCAUUACCUCCUGAAUUGGCUUUUCAGCUCAAUGAAUUAUUUGGCCCUGUUGGUAUUGAUUCAGGGUCUCUAACAGUUGAGGAUUGUGUUGUUCAUAUAGAUCUGAAUCUGGCUAAAGUGAUUCAUGAGAAAUGGAAAGAAUCUGUAAUGGAGCGACAAAGACAAGAAGAGGUAUCCUGUGGCAAGUUUAUGCGAGAUCCUUCCCUGGUUGGGCACAUUGGUCUCGAGAAUCCUGAACAAAAAUCAUCUCAGAGAACAGGCAAAAAAUUACUGAAGACUUUAGCAGCACCUGAAAUGCUACCCUUAUUGGAUCAUUGGAACACUCAAACUAAAAAAGUAUCACUCAGAGAAAUAAUGUCAGAAGAAAUUGCCUUACAGGAAAAACACGCUUUGAAAAGGGAGGCACUUAUGUUUGAAAAAGAUUGUGCCACUAAACUAAAGGAGAAGCAGCUCUUUAAGAUAUUUCCAGCCAUUAACCAGAAUUUUCUGAUGGACAUUUUCAAGGACCACAACUAUUCAUUAGAACACACAGUUCAGUUUCUAAACUGUGUUCUUGAAGGAGAUCCUGUAAAAACAGUUGUAGCACAAGAGUUUGUUCACCAAAAUGAGAAUGUCACUUCUCAUGCUACACAGAAGUCUAGGGAGAAAAAGGCAAAGAAAUCGAAAGAGACUGAAGAUAUACCAAGCGAACCAUCUUUCCAGGAUUUUGAGUACCCAGAGUAUAAUGACUACAGGGCAGAGGCUUUCCUGCACCAGCAGAAGAGGAUGGAAUGCUACAGCAAAGCAAAAGAAGCUUACCGGAUGGGGAAAAAACACGUUGCCACGUUUUAUGCCCAACAGGGUAGUCUCCAUGAGCAGAAGAUGAAAGAAGCCAAUCACCUUGCUGCCGUGGAGAUUUUUGAGAAAGUCAAUGCCUCCCUGCUGCCACAGAAUGUUUUAGACCUCCAUGGGCUACAUGUGGAUGAAGCUAUAGAACAUUUGAUGACAGUUUUACAGCAGAAAACUGAAGAAUUUAAGCAGAAUGGUGGUAAGUCCUCUCUCUCCGUGAUUACGGGGAGAGGAAACCACAGCCAGGGAGGAGUUGCUCGCAUCAAACCAGCCGUCAUGAAAUACCUCACAAGCCACAGCUUCAGGUUCUCUGAAAUUAAACCAGGGUGCUUGAAAGUCAUGCUAAAGUAAAAUAAACAUCCUUGACUUAGAAGUGUGAAGCAUGUGAUGGUGUUGGAUAGCGUUUUACCCACAGCUGACCUUCCAGAAUCGGAGUCAGUCCUCUCGAACCCUGCCACUACUUUAUCAACAAAGUUUUUUUUGAUAGUCUAAAUCCUUUGUUGUCAUUUCAACAAUCUUCACAGCUUCUUCACCAGGAGUAGAUUCCAUCUCAAGAAACCACUUUCUUCGCUCAUCCAUAAGAAGCAACUUCUCAUCUGUUAAAGUGUAACGAGAUUACAGCAGUUCAGUCACAUCUGCAGGCUCCACUUCUCAUUCUAGCUCUCUUGCUGUUUGCACUACACCUACAGUUAGUUUUUCCACUGAGGUCUUGAAUCCCUCCAUGUCAUCCAUGUGGGUUGGAAUCAGUGUCUCCCAAACUCCUGUUAAUGUUUGUAUUUUGACCUCUUCCCAUGAAUCAGAAAUGUUCUUAAUGGCAUUGAGAAUGGUGAAUCCUUCCCAGAAGGCUUUCAGGUCCAUCAGAGGAAUUACUAUCUAUGGCAGCUAUAGCCUUAUGAAAUACAUUUCUUAAAGUAAUAAGACUUGAAAGUCAAAAUGACUCCUUGAUCCAUGGGCUGCAGAAUGGGUGUUGUGUUAGCAGGCAUGAAAACAAUAAUCUCAUACAUCUCCAUCAGAGCUCUUGGGUGACCAGGUGCAUUGUUGAUGAGUAGUCCUAUUUUGAAAGGAAUCUUUUUUUCUGAGCAGUAGGUCUCAACUGUGGGCUUAAAAUACUCAGUAAACCAUGUUAUAACAGAUGUGUUGUCAUCCAGGCUUUGUUGUUCUAUUUAUAGAGCAUAGGGAGAGUAGACUUAGCGUAAUUGUUAAGGGCCCUAGGUUUUUAGAAUGGUAAAUGAAAGGCUCAACUUAAAGACACCAGCUGCAUUAGCUGUUAGAAGGCAGUUUCGUCUACAUCAAAACUCUGUUUAGUGUAGCCACGUUUGUUCAUGUUCUUAACUAGGUCCUCUGGGUAACUUGCUGCAGCUUCUACGUCAGCACCUGCUGCUUUACUUGCCCUUUGAUGUUAUAGAGGCAGCUGCUUUCCCUAAACCUCAUGAACUGCCCUCUUCUAGCUUCAGACUUUCCUUCUGCAGCUUCCUCACCUCUCUCAGCCUUCAUAGAACUGAAGAGAGUUAGGAUCUUGCUCUGGAUUGGGCUUUGGCUUAAGGGAAUUAUGUGGCUGGUUUGAUCUUCUAUCCAGACCACCCAAACUUCCUCCAUAUCUGCAAUAAGGCUGUUUCACUCUCUUAUUCAUGUGUUCACUGAAGGAGCACUUUUAAUUUCUUUUCAAGAACUUUCCCUUUGCAUUUACAACUUGGCUAACUGAUGCAAGAAGUCUUGCUUUUGGCCUAUCUUGGCUUUCGACAAGUUUUCCUCACUAAGCUUAAUCAUUUUUAGUUUUUGAUUUAAAGUGAGUGACGUGUGACUCUUUCACUUGAACACUUAGAGGCAAUUGUAGGGUUAUUAGCUGGCUUAAUUGUGUCACCAACAGACUUGCUUGAUGCAGGGUUGCCACAGAUCUUCAUUGUAAAACUGCAGUAUCUGUGAAGCGCAUGCAAUACAGCAAAAGCAGGGAAAGGAGGUAUGCCUUGUAGUUGUCCAUCUGACUGAGUGCACAAUAUUAUGCUUUUUGUUUUUUGUUUUUUGGUUUUUUUGGUAGCUUCUACUAUCUCAGAAAGAUGUCUGAUAUAUAGAAUUGGGGACUCAAAAAUCAGGGGAAACAAAACGAAAUUGAACCUAAGUCUGAUCAAGCCUGUAGAUCUAACAACCAAUUAUAUGAAUUAACAGAGGACAGAGGAAUACGUCAACACCAUGGGAUGUAACCACCAAAUACAGACUGUGGGAUGCUCUAACAGCACAGUUUCUUCAAGUAACUUACAAAGGGGGGGGGGAACACAGAUGGAUAGGGAGCCUAUACAUUAGGAUGGAAAAGACAUAUCAGCCAAUUGCAAUUUGUGGACUUUAUUUGUUCAGCAAAAAACUAUUAAGUUUUUAAAAAUGACAAUAACAAGACGAUUGGCAAUGGGAACAUUGACUGGACACUUAAUUAUAUUAAAGAUCUAUUUAUUUAUUUAUUUUAGGGAUGAUGAUAUUGCAGUCCUAUUAGGAAAAAUAACAGUUUUUCCCCCUCCUAUCUCCUUCUGUCUUGUGUAGGAAAAAACCCAGUCCUUCCCCCUGUGUGUUUCUUUUCUGUGUCUCUUUACUGCUCACACAAAACACCUUCCUCUGGUCACCAAAUGUGUGGAGUUUUUUUCCGACACCAAGCAAUUCUCUUGAAUUAAGUUGGGUGUCUACAAUUCAACUCCGUUCUUACACUGCCUACCUGGAGAUAACAUCCACAGUUAAGGGUUCAGUCCCACAAGACUGUCCAGUUGCAAGUAGUAGGUCCCCAGGUUACUCACAACUUCUGUCCAACUUGGCUAUAAACUGGGGGUUCCCACAACCCACUCCUCAUGGUUUGAUAAAUCUGCUAGAGUGGCUCACAGAACUCAGGGCAACACUUCCUUAUGUAUACCAGAUUAUUAAAGGAUAGGAUAAAGGGCACAGAUGAACAGCCAGAUGAAGAGAUGUUCACAGAUGAACACCCAGACCGGAUGAGGUCUGGGAGGGUCCCGAAUGCAGGGGCUUCUGUCCCCAUGGAGUUGGGGUGUGUCACCCUUCCUAUUUGGAUGUGUUCAUCCAUCUGGAAGCUCUCCAAACCCCAUAGUAUUGGAAUUUUAUGGAGGUUUCCUCACAUAGGCAUGAUCGAUUAUUAACUCCCAUUUCCAGCCCUUUUCCUGUCUCAGGAUGAGGGCUGGGACUGAAAAUUCCAAGUUUCUGAUCAUGGCUUUGUCUUUCUGGUGACAAGCCUCUAACCAGGAGCCCACACCAGAGUCACCUCAAUAGAUGCUCCUUAGCGCUUUUAUCACUUAGAAAUGGGUUUUAGGAGCCCUGUGUCAGGCAGGGAUGGGGUCAAAGACAUAUCAGAGUGAGAGAUGCUCCUAGUGUUUUUAUCACUUAGGAAAUUACUACAAGGGUUUCAGGAGCUCUGUGCCAGGAACUGGAGGCAAGAGACCAAUACGUUCUAUUAUCUCAGAGUGACUAUAUUUUUUUAUAGAGUCUUUACUUUUUGAAAAAGAGAUAUAUGCUGAAAUACAUAAAAUGAUACGAUGUCUGGGAUUUACUUGAAACUAUGAUGAAGUGGGUUGGUGGGGGGUGCUUAUAAAAUAAGAAUGGCCUAAGUUGGUAAAUGUUGAAGCUGGGGUUUUAUUAGUCUAUGGUCUACUUCUGAAUAUAUUCAAAACUAAUAAAAAGUUUUUUAAAAGUCAGUGAAGAGCUCAAGAAGUAAAUUCUAGACUGGGCUCAGGGAAUGAUUGCCUGUCCUUAUAUGAACAAACCAUGUUCAUAUAAGAUGGCCAGAACACUGCAGAAUUAACCUCCUGCCACCUCUGCCUUAAUUAAAAGGCCACCAUGGCACCAUUGCCAUGCCUGCUCUCAGUGUACCCAGAGCUGGUGACCAGACACCAGAAAUCUGUUGCUGAAAACCCUGACCUCUCCAUAACUUGACGUUUUAUCAGAAUGAGACACAGCAGUAGAUGGAGGGCCUUCAACUUACUUCUGCCUCCCACAUUUCAUAAGAGUAUAUCUUAAUUGGUGGACACUAUUGCAUAUCCAGAUUUUUACCUGCCAGAGGGGUCUAGGAAAUGUAGUUUUAAACUUCUCAGUCUCUAUCGUACAAAAAGGCUCAUUAGAAGAAAGCGGAGCAGAGGAUGAAUUAUCAAAUGAUGGUCCUUGUCAAAUCAGACACUAGAAAUGGGUUGAUACAGUUAUCACAAAAGCUUGUAAUGUCAACUGGGGUAUGUAGAUACAUGCCAGGGGCUGCCACGAGUCCAGGAUAAACGUAGCAGAUCUUUGAGGAGCAUUAAUUUCACUCAGUGGCAAAUAAUGCACAUUAUUAUUUAAUGUACUUUAUUUGUAUAUUAAAACAAAAAUGGACAAAUUGUGGGGAAGAAUGGACAAUUUUGCCUUCAUUUUUAAGGUAAAACAGUAAGGUUCAAAGAGAUUAAUCUUUGGGCUAUUUACCUGGACUCCCUUUCCCCAGGACAAUGGUUUUCAAACUUUAGUGGACACAAGAAUCAUCCACAAAAAGUUCAGUUAAAAUCCAGAUUUCUGCCCUCCUUUAGACUUCCUGAAUCAAUCUCAGAAGGUAGGGCCCCAAAUUUUAAAUAAAUACCCCAGUGAUUCUAAUGCAGGUGGGGCCACACCUUAAGAAAUGCUACCCUAGUGGGAUAGCCCAUCACAAGGACUUUAUUCUUUUUUUGGCUACUCAAGGUAAUGUUCCUUGGCUUCUAUCCCAAUUCUGGUUUGCAGGUCCUCAACCAUAAUCAAUUCUGCCAUGGGACACAGAAAGAAACCCUGCAUUAUUUAUUUAUUUAUUUAUUUAGUUUAGUUUACAUGGAGCAACUUAUUUAAUCCUCAUAAAAAUCCAUUGAGGGAAAUUGAGGCAUAAAGAGGUUAAGCAACUUGCCUAAUAUUACAUAGAUAAGAGAUGAUGGAACCGAUUCAAAUCAAGGCAAUCAGGCUCCAAAGCCUUUGUACCUUUCCAUGAUGCAUAUUACCUCUCAGCAAUGGUGAGACUUAAAAUUUAUGGAGGAGAAAAGCAAGAUACAUUUUCACCUGGUCUGUCAUAGUAAACCCAUGAACCUUCCCGCCGCCCUCACUGGCAGUCUCUUCAAGACCCUUUUAAGUCUUCACUAGUUCUCUCAUCAAAGUUCUUCCAGCUUCUGUCCACUGACAAGUUACAAAGCUACUCUUGCAUUUUAAAGUUUUUGUUAUAGCAGAACCCCCAUUUGGUACCAAAAUCUGUAUUUGUUAUCUAUUGCUGUGUAAAAAAGUCAUUUUAAAACUUAGUGGUUUAAAACAAUAAAAAUAUUUCUCAGUUUCCCAGAACUCUUGCAGUGGCCUAGCUGGGAUCAUUUUGGGUUGGAGUCUUCCAUGAGGUUGCAACCAAGAUGUGGCUUGGUGCAUCUGUCCAUUGAAGGCUUGACUGAGGCUGAGAAAUUCACUUCCAUGGUGAUGGCUCAUUCACAGGGCUUAUAAAUUGAUGCUGGUUGUUGGUGGUAAUCUUUAAUUUCUCCCUAUGUGGGCUUCUCCAUAGGCUGCUUGAGUGUCCUUACAACAUGGCAGCUUUCUCCAGAGUGGACAACCCAGGAGAGCAAAACAGAAGCUGCAAUGCCUUUUAGGACCUAGUGUUGGAAAUUGCACACCAUUAUUUUUCCCAAAUUCUAUUUGUUAGAACCCAGUCACUAGGUACAGUCCACAUUCAAGGGUAGGGGAAUUAGCUUUACUUUUUGAAGGAAAGAAUGUUAAAGAAUUUGUGGACAUCUUUAAAAACCAUCCUGUCUACCAUGUGCCAGGCAGGCAUCCCUAGGUACUUUGCAAAUGUUUCCAGUAUAAUCUUAUAGCCAUCUUGUGGAGCAGCUAUUAUUGCCCAAAUGGCAGAAAUUGUUGGCCUACACAACAGAUAUUCUUAUUAUCACAGCCUUUUUUGUUUAGGUAUCUGGUGGUAAUGUGCUUAGGAAAGCUUGACCACUCUCUGGCCCCAGAAAGUGAAUUAAGAUUGGUUGAAAAGGCAAUCAUGGUAAUCCCAUUUCCUUUUGCCAGUGACUGGCUAAAGAGUGGGUAUUUGGAGCGCCUGGGUGACCCAGACGUCAUUAAGCGUCUGCCUUUGGCUCAGGUCAUGAUCCCAGUGUCCUGGGAUCGAGCCCCGCAUCAGGCUCCCUGCUCAGCAGGAAGCCUGCUUCUCCCUCUCCCACUCCCCCUGCUUGUGUUCCCUCUCUUGCUGUGUCUCUCUCUGUCAAACAAAUAAAAUAAAAUAAAAUAAAAUAAAAUAAAAUAAAAUAAAAUAAAAUAAAUAAUAAAAUAAAUAAAAUAAAAUAAUAAAAUAAAAUAAAAUAAAUAAAAUAAAAUAAAAUAAAUAAAAUAAAAUAAAAUAAAAUAAAAUAAAAUAAAUAAAAUAAAUAAAAUAAAUAAAGGGUAAAUAUUUGACCAAGCCAAAGGGACCUAAGGAGAAUUCUAGGAAGAUUCUAGGAAAGGUUUCCUUCACUAAUAGAGACACAUGGGAGGAAGUGCACUCUUCUUCUGCAAGACUUCGUGUCUGUAUGUGAUGCCUGGUAUUGCAGUCACCAAUGUAGUAACGUGAAGAGAUACGCCUAAGGCCCAAGUCAAUGUGCUGAGGAUGGUGGAGCAUAAAGAGGAAAGAAUCUUUGUUCUUGAUGACAUCACAGAGCCACUGAAUUAACCCUGGAACUGAUUUUUAGCCACUUUAUUACGGGAGACAAUAAGCUCCUUUUGCCUGGAUUUUCUGUUACGGCUGCAAGUAUCCUAAUGGAUAAUACCCCAUUUUUGGGGUAAGGAAACAGAUGUUCAGGGAGAUUAUGUUGCUUGCCCAACUUUACCAGCUAAUAAAUAGAACCAGGUUUUGGAUUGAGAGCUGUAUAUCCUCAACACCUGGUACUUGCUUAUUGUAUCAAUUAAGUGAUUUUUCUCCCAAUUUGUAGAAAGGAGGAGAAACAGACAUCGGUUGGGUUAAAAAAGGUUAGUGGUUGUCAAGCAGAAUCUAGAGGGGGCUGGUAGAGUGGGGAAAUGGAGUUGAGCAGUGAAGGUGUUAUGGAGGUAAAGAACAGGUUCAAGAAGUGUCGAGGAGAGGGAAGGUAGAAGGAGGUUGUAGGAAGGGAGAGAAUAUCAGAGUUCAAGAUAUUAGGACUGUGGUAUUUGUUCCCAACAUAGUUUGAUUUGUGGCUGAGCAUAGAGAUGAUGGUAUCAGAGUGGAGAAGGUCACAGAAGUGAUAUCAAACUUCUGGAUCAUCCAUUUUAGGUACAUAUUGUACAGGAAGGUGACAGGCAAUGAAGUGGAGGGGAAGAUUGAAAGCCAUCUGCCCAAAGUAUGGAUGGAUGAAAACAUGUUUUCUUUAUUUGUAUGGUCCCCAUCCUUCACACUGAUAGGAUCUGACUCAACAUAGCUCCACUUUGAGGAAAGAUUUAUAAGGAUUAUUCUGCUUUAAUCUACUGUUUUGCACAUACUGGAGGGGUGAGAUGGAUGGGGUCAUCGGGAGGAGCUGAGAGGAUUGUGGGAAAUGAACAAUUUCCCAGGUCUUUCUGAAACAGUUGUUUACAAUAGGAUUUCGUUGUUUUGUUUGCACACUUCUUUGCUGAUCAUUUAUCCAUCUGGAUGUAUAAAAACCAAUAAAAUAUACUUAAAAAAUUACCCACUAGUUUGGUUUAUCUUGGUUUCUCUGCUUGUAUAAACAACUGAGAAUUGAUGGCAUUCUCCUGAUUCUCUUUGCUAAGAUUCUGAUGUGGAUGGAGCUGCAUAGUAAGAAGCUCUCACUGUCUUGUUAAGCUCUGGGCUAAGUUUUUCUUUUCAUUGUUCAGUUUUUCCUUAGGUAAAAUUAAUUUCUUCCCUUCAAAAAUAAUGUUUGGCAUUUGGUUACUUAGGAAUCUAUUUUUAAAGUACCUUAGUAAUUUGUUAUUACAUUCAUGAAAUGACACUAUUAGCUAGAAUUUCUGAAUGUAGUUUCUCCCUUGGCCCUUUUACUUUUUGGUUCUUGUCCUUGGAGUCAUGUUAAAAAUUUGCCUAUGAUGUUAUUGUAAACUAACUCAAAUCUUUUUAGGAAAUAGGCAGGAUAGAAAUCAACCAGUCUAUAUAUUUAAGGGGAAAAGAGGCAAGGUGCAAAAGUGUAUUUACACUUUUGUGUUUUUUAAGAAAGGAUAUAUGUAGGGGCGCCUGGCUGGCUCAGUCAGUGGAGCAUGUGACUCUUGAUCUCGAAGUUGUGAGUUCAAGGCCCACGUUGGGUGUAGAGCUUAUUUAAGAAAUCAUAAUAAAAAUUUUAAAAAGAUACACGUAGAUAAAUCUACUUAUAUAUUAUACAUCUUUUUCUAAACACACACAGACAUACAUAUACACAUACAUACAUGAAUGCAAACCCACACAUAAAAUGAGCAGAAUAGAUCUUGGGCCUCAAAUGACAACCUCAGAUGGUCUUGGGCUUACAAGAUAGUGAAAGUAAUUCUAAUCUUUGUUUGCAUUCCUCAGAAAAACUUAUCUGAAACACUUGUAUUUUUCACAAUACAAGUUAUAUAAAACAUAACUUGCAUGAACACCUCUUUAAGUCUGCAUAUCCACAUAGUCUUUAUGUCUCUCACUCUCUCAUAUCCAAUACAUACCCCAAAGCCUCUGUCUCCCCACUUUUGCCAAAAUUCUCCCUGUUAUCUCUGCCAGUACUAGUCCUCAUCUAUCACCCCUCUACCUGUCUUUCCAUUUCCAUUUUUUUUUUCUCCCCGUAGUGAGUAGGCCUGGGCUUUUUGGAUAUAAAUCUCCUACCUCAACUUCUUCGCUUCUAUAUUUAUAAGUCCCCCACUCCUGUUUGUCCCAUCUGCAUGAUAAGGCAGUGGGAAGUAAGGAUGUAGGAGGUGGGAAGGGAUGAGGGUGCAAAUGUCAAAAUGUUCUGUUAGUAGGUAGGAGGAUGGAAAGAAGCUAUGGAUCCUUCUAUAGUAAUAAUUUUUGUCCCUGUUAUAUGUGAAGAAUUUCUGAAAGGUUUUGUAAGAAACUGUGAAAAGCAAGUUACCUUAGGGGUGGGCCUGGGGAGUCAGAGGUAGGAGAGGGAGAUUUUACUUUCAUUAUCUGAACAGAGUUUUAAAAAGACUGUGUGUAUAUUGCUUUAAAAAUAUUUUUAAAAAAUAGACAUAAUUAAAUUAAUAGAUGCAUAUUUUAAAAUAUAGUGAAAAAAGCCAACCUUGAUAGAGUGAGUUAUCUAGUAUGCAAAUGAGAUGCAUAUUAUUAUAUUUCACUUUAGGCAACAGUGUAGUACCAAAUGUUAUAGUCAGAUAAUUUAGCUGAUGUUGGUGAUGAUCUAGUAUUAUCAGGAAAAGCAUUAAUAUACCUUUUCAAAUUCUUAAAUGGAUACUUUAACUGCUGGAAGAAAGAAGACAAAUCCAGAGAGCUAAUGUGUGGGUAAUAGGAGUUCCAGAGUGAAUUACAAGGGUAAAACCAAAUGUAAUAGAUGCAAAUUUUCCUGACCUGAAUGAAAACUUGUAUUUGCAGUUGAAAGUGCCCUAAGUCUUAGGCAGAGUUGAUGAGAAAAGGCACACACUUUAAACAUAUUCUGACAGCAUUUCUGAAUCCCAAGGUUGAAGAGAAAAACCUUGUAAGUUUCUAGAAAGAAAGAAGAAAUAAUUUACAAAGGGAAAAGAAUCAGACUGGCGUCAGACAGUGGAAUAAUGUCUAUCUCUAUUAAGAGAAAAGGAAUGUAACCCAAGAGGUAGGUCUCUUUCCAGCCUAGCACCAUUCACCUGCCAGGGGGAAAGGAAUGCAGAAAUGUAAGGAUUCCAAGAAUAUAUCGCUCAUACCCCAUCCAAGAAAACUAUGAAAAGAGGGCUGUAACUAAACAACAAAUUAAUGAGAAUAGAGAUCUCAAGAAAGGAGAAGGUGAAGUAGAAGGGAAAAAGUGGUGAGUGAAUAGUGAGCUUUGUAAUUUAUGUGGCUAAUAAUUGAAUGACUGGGAAUAUGUACUAUAUAUGUUAAAUAAAGACUCUUAAGAUAAAUGUGACUCUACUAAUGAGAGCCUGGAAGUAAAAAUUGCAAAAUUGUUCAACAAAACCCAAAAGGUGGGGUUGGGAGAAGAGGAGUGGAAAGUAAAAGCAUUCUAGAAGUGUCAUCUUACUGAGGUGGAGGAAAAGUAUCAGGAAAUAGACUAAUAUGGUAGGGAAAUCACAUCUUUUCAGAAAAUAAAAAGGAAGAUAACCACUAAUGGAAUGGGAAAGUAUAUAAUUUUGAAAUUAAUAAAGGAAAAAGGAAUAAAUUAUAACUUGAUCAUAAUAGUAAAUAUAAAUUAAAGGAAAUAGGGAAAUCAAGUAUGUUCAAUGGUAAGCAAAAAUAAGAGGGAAGGAAUAAAAUCAAGAAUAUCAGAGAUUAUAUUAAAGAUAAAUGAACUCCGUUUUCCUAUCCAAAGACAGAGAUGUCACAUUAGAUUAAAAACAAGCCUAGCUAUACGUUGUCCAUAGGAAACACUUAACAUAAUAAAGAAAUAUUCUAAAAUAUAGAGAUUGGAAAAGCAGUACCAAACAAAUGCAAGCAAACAAAACUAGAAAGAGGUGGAACUCUCAAUGAACACGAAGAAGAAGAUUUCCUAUGAAGGGCAUAACAUAAUGAAUAUAUGCAUCAAACAACAUAAUAGCUAAAUAUACCAAAAUAUUAUUAGUAACAUAAAGAUAAUUUCAUAAACAUGAAAUUAGAGUGGAUUUGUACUAUACUGUUUUUAGAAAUAGAUGGACCUAGUAGACCAAAAAAAAAAAAAAAUAACAUCAUACCAAAGCAUAUAAUCAACAUGCAUACUUUAAUAAAUACAUAUGGAAUCUUACAUUCUUUAUUUUUUUCAGAAUCUUACAUUCUUUAAAUAAAGAUUACAUAUAUAUUUUCCAAAUGACCAUUGACUACUUACAAAACUGGUCAUAAACUUUCCCACAAAAAAACAAUCAGAAAUUUAAAAGUAGAGACUUUUACAGGUCACAUUGUCUGAUGAAAUUAGAAGAAAAUUAAUGAAGAAGUAAAUCUUAAAAAGAACCAUAAAAGAUAUUAGAAAAGAAAGAUAAAAGCGCCCCCCCCAUAAACUCCUUAUGAACCAGAGGGUAAGAAAACUAGUAAAAAUCAAAAUACACAGCAAUUCUACUCUACAAUUCUCAUGGAAAUAAAAACAUAAAUCCCAAGAUAUAUAUUCAAGGAUAUUUAUUGCAGAAAUGUUUGUAGUGGCAAAAACUGGAAACAAAGUGAAUACCCUUACAAAUGUAAUUAUCAAACCAGCCAUAUUAUAGCAAGCUGUUAAACACCAUACAGCCACUAGAAUGGACAAGUCCGUUCUCGUCCAGCAAUCUAUUGUAACAAAGUUCCCCAAAACUUACUGACUUAAAACAACAAUUUUAUUAUGCUUAUGGAUUCUGUGGGUCGGGGAUUUGGAAGAGGCAUAGUAGAGACUCCAAGCCCAAUGGAGAUGGUUUGUCUAUUCUCCAUGGUGUCUGAGGCCUUACGUGGAAAGCAGAGGGAGACUUCAUGGAAGGGAUCUGGAAUUAUUCAGAGGCUCAUUCACUUCCAUAUCUAGCUGUCUGGCCUGUUGGCUGAAACCUUAACUAGAGCUGUCUCCUAGAAGUUCUACACAUGGGCUCCCAGAGGAAUCUGCACUUCUACACAACAUGGUAGCUGAGAGAGGGAGGGAGGCAGACAAGGAAGGAGGGGGCAAGGAGGAGGAGGAAGAAAAGAGAAAGAGGAAGAAGAAAGGGGAGAGGAGAGGGAGGAGAAGAAGAAAGAGAUAGAAACAGGUUGAAGCUAUCUCAUCUUUUCUAACUUGGUGUUAGAAGUCACACAGCAUCACUCUACCACCUUCUAUUUGUCAAGACAGUCACAGGCCCACAAGGUUCAAGAGGAGGGAAAUAGACUCCACAUUUUUAUUUUUUAUUUUUUUGCCUCCACAUUUUUUCUAGGAGAGUGGCCAGUUUCUGGAAGAGCAUGUGGGACAGGAUAUGUUGUGGCUGUUUUUGGAAAAUACAGUUUGCCACAGAUGUAUACCAGUUAGCUUUGAGGGCAUUCCAUGGUGUAUUAUUGUUAAACAGACAAUAAAAUCAACAUGUAUAUAAAAUUCUGUUUUUGUAACAGUGAAUGGCAACUCCGAUAUAUGUGUAUAUUAUGAUUAUAUGAAUGGAGAGGAGACCACGUAGAGAUAAAGAGCAGGUGGUUAACUUUGGUCGAGGGCCUAGAUGGAGGGCGGAGGUAAACAAGAUGAAAGUACACAUAUACCUGCCUACCUACCUACCUACCUACCUACAAAUACAAGAAAGUGCUAGUAGUAGAGAUAAAAAAAUGGGGAGUGUGUGUGGGGCAAGGUUGCAUGUGUAUGUAGAUUCUCAAGGACAAAAUUCAGAACAACGGGAAGGGCUGUGAUGUGGAGCCCAUGUAGAAACCUGCAGCAUCUCUUUAUAGAGCUUUUUGUAAUUUCCAAUUUCAACACCUAUAUCAGCAGAAAUAGACUUCAGUCAAAUGAUGACCCUAUUAUCAUCAGGAAAAGUAGUUUCGUUUUUCUUGAAAAAUAUGUUUUCCAUCCAGGUUUGAUAUUUUUCUGCUAAUAUUUCAAAAAAAAUAUCAUACUGGCAAUCUUUCUCUUUAGUGGUGUAAUGUCUGGUCAAUGUCUGAAUGGUUACAAUCACUUCAUGGUUUCAAAGUUUUAAGUCUUACCAGUUAUAAAUGAUAGUGGAAGGAUUGCUUUCUAACGUCUAAAUUUAUAUUCCUCUUGGUAUAUCAGUAUUACUUUUUGUUUCUGAAAACACUUUAUUAUAUAUGAUUAAGUCCUGUGUCUGCACUUAUUAGCACUCCUAUGGGUGCCAAUUAUCCACACCUUUCUUUUCUCUCCGUGCUUGCUUUUUUUGGGGUUUUCCCUAAACACUAGCACUCUGAAGAGGUUGGGGAGAGGAAGAGAAAAGAGAACACAAGCUGAAGAACUAUUCCUUGUCUGGUGUUCUUGGAUAGGCUUGCUUGAAACCAGCAUUUAAACGGAAGUUGGCCAAGAGUUCACUAAUACCCUAGAACCACCUAGGGUCAGAGAGAUCAUUGCCCUCUGAAAGUGUGGUUGACUGUCUUCCUCGUAAUCCUUUAUAGAUGGAUGCCCUCUUGAAUGGUAGCAGUAAUUCAGGAUGGAGAAUAAAUUUGAGGACCUUAUUACAACUUUACCACUAGAGGUCAGAAAUUAGCCCGUGAAUCCUUUACAACUUCAUCAAGGGAGUGCUGGUAGUUAAUGCUUUAUGUAUUUUUCAUUUGGUUCAUACUUCUGAUGAGGUUCAGGAUACUAACCAGAUACCUUUGAGGUUUAAAGGGAACUCCUGCAUCUUUUUUUAUACCAAAUUUUAAUAACUGGAUUACUUGGAAGUCUUUAAUCCACCCUAACCUUAAUUUUUUAAUUUUUUAAAUUUUUUAAUUUUUUGCCUACUUACUCACUGAACGCACACACCACACCAACAUAAGUGUUCAUUGUGGUAAUAUAUUUAGAGGUUACAAAUGAAACAGAAAAUGAACUCGGUAGACUUCUAGUAAGGAUACAUGCAUGAGCUCAGCAGACCUUAUCCGUUUUUGUGUUCUAUUGGAAAUUGUUGAUUCUGUGUAUUUUUUUCAGCUGUAUCUUUUUGGCCCAGAUGCUACCAAAUGAGAUAAUUUCCUGUUCAAUAGCUCUAUCAAGUGAUUCAUUAACUUAUAUGAUUGAGUUAAUGUGUCAUGAGCCAUUGAAGACUGUACAACUAUAUUUAAAGUAUCCUCAUUUUGUUUAAUGAUGUCUUUUCUACUUUAGUUCCUCUUUGGUGUAUUGGAAAGUGAUUGAAACUAGGAAAUAAGUAAAAAAAAAAAAAAAAGAAAGUAGGAAAUAAGUGAUAUAAAAUUUGUUUUUUACAUGUUUACAAUUGAGAAAUUUAAAUAUUUUUUGGAAUUUGAGAAUUCAGUUUUAAUAUUUCAAUAAAGCAGAUUGACAUAUUUUAUUUAGUGGUGUCCAGUAAUGACUUUAUCAGUUAGGCUGGAGUUGGGGAGAGGCAUUUAGAUAUGUUUAGCCUAUCUUUCUGGGUUGCAUAUUUAAAGGACUGGGCUUCAACUUCUCUCAGCCCAUCUUCUGCCCUUGGCGAAGCCCUCCAAAGCAAAGCGCCAGGACAUGCUAUCAUGAACAUUGUUUGCUCUGGGCUUACCCCUACUGCCAGGAAUGAGACAGGAAAAUAGGAGCCAAGCUCCAGGAGAAGGCUGCUAACCCCCCUUGGGAGGAUGACAGUGCCAUCUUGUACCUUACUUAUUGCUGCUGUGAUUGAUGUCUCUGCUACCUUUGCCCCCAGGGAUAACGCUGGGGGAUAGUCCCCAUGCCACAGUGGCCAAAGAAGUAGUUGAAGGCUGUCUAAUGACAUUUAGGUUUAGCUUUGGAUUAUCUGUUAGAUGUGGGUGGGUAUUAUGGGUUGAGUUGUAUCCCCUCAAAAUUCAUGUGUUGCAGACCUAAUCCCCAAUACCUCAGAAUGUGAUCUUAUUUGGAGAUACAGUCUUUACGGGGGUAAUUAGGUUAAAAUAGGGCCAUAGGGGUGGGCUUUGACCCAGUACACUGCUGUCCUUAUCAAAAAAGGGAAAUUUGGACACAGGGAUAUGCAUAGAGGGAAGACAAUAUGAAGAGACAUGGGAUGAAGAUGGCCAUCUGCAAGCCAAGAAGAGAGGGGCCUAGAACUCUCUAUUAAUCCCAUUCAAAACAAAAACCUGCUAGCAUUUUGGUGACUUUCCCGUCUUAACCUUUUUGCUGCGUGUAUAUAUGAAACAUUUAAAUAGUUGAGAUCGUAUUUUAUAUAUUUUUUGUAUCCUGCAUUUUGCAAUGAAAGUUAAACCAUGCACCUUUUCUCAUGUUAUUAAAAGUGUUAGUUGUAAUCGUUAUAAAUAUACUCCAUAAUGUGAAUUACUGUAAUGUAAUUUAUUUCCCUGUUGUUGGACAUUCAUGCUGAUCAGUUUUCAGCAUCUGUCCUCAUUUCUAAUUAUUUCCAAACUGGAUUCCUAGAUUCCUUUUCAUCUUUUGUUAUCUCCCCUCUUCUUCUUUGAUUAGAUCAUUGUUUAUGAUUCUAGGAGCAGAGAGUGUAUAAUUUGAACAAAAAAAACUCCCAAGAUGAUUCCGAUAGACAUACCCCUGUCCCUCCCAACUUUGGUUAAGAACUGCAGGAUUAAGGCAAUGAAGUCACUCUGGUGACUGGAAGAAAAUAUGAGAAGGACAGGAACCAUAAUAAAGGCCCAAACAAUUGUGAUGUAUCUUUUUUCACUGAGUUAACUUUUAAUUAUUUAAGCUCCUAGUGCUUGCAUCUAAAACUCACAGUCAAAGCAGGUGUCACCAACAGCCAGCCUUAUUCUUCUGCCUUCCAGAAUUCUCCUCCAUUUUCCAAUCUGGAGGGGAGGAGAAGGCCUGAGGCAGUGCCUGGCUGAAGCUCAACUUUGAAAACAGCAUUUCCACAGUAUUUUGGACAUGGGUUGAUUAUGAAAGGGAAGAGUUAACUAGGUUCUUUGUGGGAUAAAAGGUGAUCUGCUGUCAUGCAGAAGGAAGGAAGGGAGGGAACGAGGUUGCUUUGCUUUGAUUUUUAAGACUUCUUGCUCAAGGAGAGCACAGACUUAGCAUGAGGAUAUCCAACUUCAAAAAAUAUAUUAUUUAUUUGACAGACACAGCCAGAGAGGGAACACAAGCAGGGGGAGUGGGAGAGGGAGAAGCAGGCUUCCCGCGGAGCAGGGAGCCCGAUGAUGGGGCUCCAUCCCAGGACCCUGGGAUCAUGACCUGAGCCAAAGGCAGACGCUUAAUGACUGAGCCACCCAGGCACCCCGAUAUCCACCUUUUCAAUAUCAGACAAAUUCUCUCAUUGCCUGUGAUCAGAAACCCUAUUUGUAGGGCAUAGGACUUUGGCUCUUCUGGAGGCUGCUCCCAGUUCUAACAUUCUACCAUUUUCUCUGCACUCAACUGGCGCACAGGCCUUUUUUGAGAGAACAACUCUACCUUUAUAAAUCAUUUGUAGCCUAGAUGUCUGCUGGGAUCACUCUGUCCUUCGAAAUUCAAAUAAAAUUGCCACAACCAAAUGCUUUUAUUAGGAAAUGAGAAAGACUGAAAAGAGGAAGACCAACAUUUCACUUGAGAAACCAGAAAAGAAACAACAGAAUGAAUCAAAGAGGCGAAUUGCUUGCUCAGAAAUGAGUACAAUUCAAAAGCAGUCUUGGGGCGCCUGGGUGGCUCAGUCAGUUAAGUGACCGACUCUUGAUUUGGGUUCAGGUCAUGACCUAAGGGUUGUGAUGGAGCCCCAUGCGGGGCUCUGUGCUGGGCGUGGAGGCUGCUUGUGAUUCUCUCACUCUCCCUCUGCCCCUCCCCACUGCCCUUGACCUGUGCAUGCACGUGCUCUCUCCCCCUCUCUCCCUCUACAAAAGAAAAACCAGUCUUUACCUUUCUGAUGCCUGUCUGUGUCAAUACAAAUGAAAGAGAUAACAGAAAUAAAUAAAUUAGAAAAUAAAAAUAUAACAAGAGUUGGUAAGUAAAACCAGAAGCUGUUCCUCAUGAUAUAUAAAUGUUAUAGAGAAGAUUCUUGCUGACUCAUUAAGAAAAAUAAAAGAAAAAAACGGUUCAGCUUUGGGCAUAAAAAAGGUACCCACAGAGAUGGAAGAGAUUCAAGAAUUAAAAGAUGAACUAGCGGUAUGUGGGCAACAUGUGCCUUUCUGGAGAUUCCAGUGAUUAUUAACAAAACAUGGGCAUACUUUGUCAUGGUAAAAACAAUGAACCAUCGGGCGCCUGGGUGGCUCAGUCGUUGGGCGUCUGCCUUCGGCUCAGGUCAUGAUCCCAGGAUCCUGGGAUCGAGUCCCACAUCGGGCUCCCUGCGCGGCAGGAAGCCUGCUUCUCCCUCUCCCACUCCCCCUGCUUGUGUUCCUGCUCUCACUAUCUCUCUCUCUGUCAAAUAAAUAAAUAAAAAUCUAUAAAAAAACAAAAAAAAAAACCCCCAAAAAACAAUGAACCAUCUUGGUCUUCCAGCCACAAUGCUAACAAGGAUAAUGAUCAGGCUCUCUAAAUAACAACAUAAAGUUGCCUGGGGCUAAACAAAGCUCGGGAAAGGUUUGAACACAAAGUAGUCCCUGAGACUUGCUAAAUGUAUAGAUUAAAUGUGUAGGAAAUGAGCUUCCCUUGAAUGUGAAGGGCGCAUUUGCCGCAGAUGAGACAGGUUUGUGUAACUGGUGUUGGAGAGACCCGUCAGGGCAAGACUCAGAGUCGAAACAUAAUUCCUACCUUAUGUCCUUCUAUUUCCUUAGAGCUGGUUGAGUUUUCUCGCUGGUGCUUCUGUUUGAUUUGAUGUGUGGCGCCUUGCCCUUCUUAUUUGCUGUCUUCAGUUUUCUGUCUGUCUGCAGUUGCUGAGUUUCAUUUUU